AUGGGCACGCGGAUUCUCUGCGAAGAAGCUAUCAUCCAAAUCCCUCAUAACCACGACCAACUGGGCUGUAAAACGCUACAGAGAUACAUCCGCCAGCAAGUCAAUGCGCUCACUGAACAACAGCGACUGGAAUUCCUCUCUUUACACAAUAUCUACCCCUACAAGAAUCCCACCGAACAAUAUAUCGGGAUCAUCCGCACAAACGCCCUCCCGAUUGAGGACGGCGAGACCGGAGGAGGGAUUUUCCUCGAAGCAAGCCGCAUCAACCAUGCCUGCGAUAACAACGCCCAGAAGAGUUGGAACGACAAUAUCAAGCGGCAUACCGUCCACGCGCUACGAGAUAUCAACGAAGGUGAAGAAAUCACAAUAUAUUACCUAGCGGUCCACAACAGCCGGCAAGCCCGACAGGAGGCGCUACGAGCAAAAUUCAAGUUUUCAUGCUCCUGUCGUAUUUGCUCGUUCCCACCCAACCAGAUACAAAGGAAUGAUAAGAUACUGGAAGAGACUGAUCAUCUGGAUCGUCUCGUCGGUCAGCGUGGCCUCGAGGGGAUCUUGUCAUCCCCCCUCCGAACCCUGCGCUACCUUGACCGAGAGAUUCAGCUAUAUAAUAUGACGGGCCCAGAUGACCCAGGCUUGUCCAGGGUGUACUUGGAUGCUGCGCAAGUUGCUAUUGUGCAUGGUGAUCUGGCAAGAGGACGCAUCUUUGCAGAAAGAGCGGUACGAAGUUGGCGGAUUUCCGACGGUAGUGAUAGCAAAAACGUGAUUGAGUAUGGGGCACUGUCACAAAAUCCCUCACAGCUACCGCUAUACGGAAUGUCAAUGCAAUGGAAGACGGCAGUGGACGAUGGUCCAAACGCGCUUGGAUCCACAGAGUUCGAAGACUGGCUGUGGAAGAGGGAGAAUUCACCACGUGCGGGGACGUAG